AUGGGGGACAGAAGCAAGAUACGGGAACCAUCUAAGGAACUUGAAGACACGGCCGCCAUCCGAAAUCGGCUUGUGGUGGUAAACGAUCGACGAGUCACUACUCUUACCGCCAAGUUCUUUGCAUUCAUUCGUGCCGCCGAGAGCGACACCACCACCCUCGACGAAGUGGAACUGGUGGAGGGCCAAAUCCAGAAGGAGUUCGACCUGUUUGACAUAUCCCUCGAUAAGCUGCGGGCCACCGCUGAUGCCAAUGGUCGCGAGCUCCAGCAGUACCACUCCCUCCACCUGCAGCGCGAGGGUCAGAUUGCGCGGGCAAAGGAGGAGCUGGUGCGGCUGAAGACGGAGCUGGAGCACGAGAAGAGGCGUAGGAACCACAAGGAGGAAUACGAAGCCAUUGCCAAAAUCAUCAAUCAGUACCCCAGCCGGGCCGACACUCAGAGACAGCUGCAGGCCCUCGAAGACGACCUGGCGUCCCUGGCCGACGCCAAGCAACAAAUCGAGGACGCCACGCAGAAGCGCAGGAAGCAGUUUGCGCUGCUGUUCGAUUGCAUCGACGACCUGCAACGAGCCCUGCGCGCUGAAGGAGAGGAGGCGAAGGAGGACGAGAGCCGGAAGGAGUCCGUGGCCACGGGCAAGCGCAAGCGUCCGGCAACGGAGGCAACGGACGACACCCUUAAGGGCAAGGCACUCGCCGACGAACCACCAGCCGUGUCCUCCUCUGCCGAGACUGCCCGGAAGCGGGUGCGCGAGGUGGAAAUGGAGGAGGCUCGCGAUGACGAGACCGAGCCCGGCGAGAUCACCACCAAGGGUCUGCCAUCAUGCUGCCUCUUCCUGCUCUCGGCUUAG